GUGGACAGAGUGUGCACUGUCUUGAAUACAAAAGGACAUCUUCACAGGUUCAGCACAGGCACGCUGCUGUUUUUGCGGGAUACUUUUUCUUGCGACUGCCAGCCUCAGGUAUGAAGGCCUGCUUAGUAUUCCUUUGCUUACUGGCAGCAACAUUUGCUCUGUCUGUGAAAAGUAAACCUCAUGGAAAGCAUCAUGGGUUGCAUAAGAGUUUGCACACAACCAAAGAAAAGGAUGCUAUCACAGUGGAAGCCAAUAAGCCAAAGAUCUUACCCACUCUAGUCACAUUUGAGGCCAGCAGCCAGGAGCAGGAAGAUGAGGAACUGAGUUCCGAAGACAACGCUAACAAGGAAGAUGGAGAGAGGGCUGAAAAGCGAGAGAAAAGCACUGCAGUUCUGUUGAGUGAAGAAGAACUGGUAGACCUCCUGACGAAAGAGGCUGAAGAGGAAGAUGAAGCUGAAGUAAGAGAGCUGGAGGAGGAAGAAGUAGAAGCUGACAAAGCCAAGGUUGAGUCUAGUGAGGUGGUUGAGGUCGCUGAGGAUCAGGAGAAGUUGGAUGAGAAUUCAGAGACAAAGAAACAUUUGCUGGAUGAGGAAGAAGCGAAAGAAGACAGUGUGGAAGAUGUGAUAGAGGAGAAGGUGCAGAAGAUGACUCAUUCAGAAAGGAAGGAAGAGCCUACUGAAGCACUGCUAGAGGAAGAUGGCAGCACAGAAUCAGUGAUUCCAAUCAAUCUGGACUAUGCUGCUGAUAGUAGCCUCCUACAACCUCUACAGACUGCAUCAGCUAACGACAAAACCCACUCUGAUGACGCCAAGCCUACUUCAAAAACAGACAUCAGAGAGAAAGAAACCAGUGAGAAAGAAAUGGCCAAUAUCGCUGAUGACUAUGAACAAGGCAUGCAAAACACAGAGGCAGCACACAGUGAGGAGGUGUCUGAUCAGACACAGGACAAAGAUUCCUCAGACGAAGACGUAAGCGCCAAGAAAGAACCUGAAGCAAAUGUGGAUCAUCCAGAGCCAAAGGGCGAUGCAGAGCUUGAAUUGAGGGCUACUCUAUCUGGAAAGGAGGGAGAGAAGAGUAAGAAUGUGGGUGGAAGUCACACUAAGGGGAAAACGAGGAAGCAAAAGAAAAACCAAAGGUCAAGGAAGCACUCUCCGGACAGGGAGGAAACACAACCCGGACAAGAAGAGGGCCGACAGGAUCCUGAGUCUGAGAGCAGCAGCACUGACAAUACAGACCAAAAGACAAAGAGGAGAAGGGCAGGAAAAUGGGGUCCUUUAGUUGGUGUGAAUCCGGUGCAGAUAAGAGCCGCAGCCGAACUGUACCCAAGGUCCAGGCCCUCUCUUGGUGGAGACAUACAACUCCCAGAAACCCCUACUGAUCCAUGUGAAAACUUCCGUUGCAAACGUGGAAAAACAUGCAAACUUGAUGCGGACAAUAAGCCAGGGUGUGUGUGUCAAGAACCGUCAGAGUGCCCUCCCAGUGUGAAUGAGUUUGACUAUGUUUGUGGGACAGACAACAAAACCUAUGACACAUCAUGUGAACUCUUUGCUACUAAAUGCAACUUAGAGGGCACUAAGAAAGGACACAGACUUCACCUAGACUACACUGGACCAUGCAAAUUGAUACCUCCAUGUGUGGACACUGAGCGGGUGCAGUUUCCUCUACGAAUGAGAGAUUGGCUCAAAAACGUGCUGCUCCAGCUCUACGAACAUGACUCCAUAACUCCUGGCUUUCUCACUCCUAAACAGCGUUUCAGAGUGAAGAAAAUCUUUGAGAGUGAGAGGCGCCUUCAUGCAGGCAAUCACUCUGUUGAGCUUCUCGCACAGGACUUUGAGAAGAACUAUAACAUGUACAUCUACCCAGUACACUGGCAGUUUGCUCAGCUGGACCAGCACCCAUCUGAUAGGUUUUUGUCCCACUCAGAGCUGGCCCCGCUCAGGGUCCCCCUGGUGCCAAUGGAGCACUGCACCUCUCGCUUCUUUCAGGAGUGCGAUGCUGACAAAGACAAACUGGUAUCAUUUAAGGAGUGGAUCACCUGUUUUGAUAUCAGGAAUGAGGACAUGGAUGCCAACCUGCUUUUCUGAGCUUCACUUUGUUCCUCAUCUACUACAUAAGCUUGCAAAAGCUGCUCCAGUGUUGUAGCUUGAACAUCUGGCUGUUGAAGUUCUGUCUAUUCAAAAUGAUACAGUACACACUCUGACAAGUACAGAUGAAACAAACCCAUGUUACCUCCCGCUAUAAACAAAGCUUUGUGUAAGGCUAAGCAUGGACAUUUAAAUCACUGAUCUGUAAUUUAGACUGAGCUGCUAGAACCGUCUAUUAGAAGAAAGAAGUAGUUAUUUUUUUGCUGGCUGCGUUCAAAAUCUUUACUACAAUGCACUCCAAACUGGGGCAAAGUUAUUGCAGCUUGAUGGUAGAAAAAACACUGUGCAGUACACAGUGCCAGGUAGUACCACAAUUAGUAGCAGACAAUUGCAGAUUCCUGUUUGAUACUAGCAAAUGUAAAAUAGCACCUGUAUUGGCUAACUUAGUAGCAAAUGUGUACAUGUUUGUCCUCAUAUAUUAUGUUUCCUUACACUGCUAACUAAAGGCAAUAGACAGCAAAGAAGUUCACAAUUUCAGAAUAUUUCAAUAAACUCUGUUGCUUAUUGAUGUUUGUGCUGAAAUAAAGUCUCCUACAAAAAGA